CGAAAUUCUGUUGCUGCUCAUUGUGUCAUGGUGACAGUGCUGAAAGAAAUUCCAACUCUUUUUGAGAAGUUUGGUGUCGCCCGCGGAAUUCUUGGGAAGAUCUCGCUUUGGCGAGGAGACAUAACAAAGCUCGAAGUCGAUGCAAUCGUCAAUGCAGCUAAUUCUGGACUUGCUGGAGGCGGUGGUGUUGAUGGUGCCAUUCAUAGAGCCGCUGGAGUUAAGGAACUACAAAAGGAAUGCCGAGCAAUUGGUCAUUGUGACACUGGAGCAGCUGUAAUUACCAGCGCGUGUAAUCUAAAGCAUGUCAAGAAUAUCAUACAUACCGUCGGUCCGAUUUGUCAUGGUGCCACUGCGAGUGACGAAGAGCGCAAGAAACUUAUGUCGUGCUAUCAUUCGUGUCUCGACUUAGCAGUGAAGAACAGCCUCAAAACCAUCGCAUUCUGCUGCAUCUCAACUGGAGUGUACGGUUAUCCGCAGGAUGAUGCAGCGAAAACAGUGGUGGGACUUCUGACUAAUUGGCUAGGAAAACCAGAAAAUUCGGACCACAUCAACCGUAUAGUCCUUGUGCUCUUCAAUCCUGUUGAUGUCGAUUUUUACGAGAAGUUUUUCGACGAUUAUGCGAAAACGCAGAAAUAGACGAAGGUUACUAAUUUGAUUUUAGCCGAUAUUGGUGCACGCUUGUUUUUAUUGAAGAUUUGCCCAGUCAUCAU